AUGACGGCAAACCACGGGGCGUAUGCUCUCUGCGUGAUGCUGGCUUGGGCUGCUUACCUAACCGCUGAGCAGCAGCUGCAGCAGCAGCAGCAGCAGCAGCAACAGCAGCAGCAGCAGCAGCAGCAGCAGGAUGAGAUGCUGCUGCUGCAGCAGCAAGUAGAAGCAGUAGAAAUGCUGCUGCCUCAGGUGUGGGACCAAGCAGCAAUCCUCGAUACUCUUGUCAAUGAAGUGCAGCAGCAGCAGCAGCAGCAGCAGCAGCAGCAGCAGCAGCAGCAGCAGCAGCAGCAAGUGUUGUUUAGUCCUGAAACCAAAUUCUUUGUGCCUUAA